UCACAUUUAUCCUACAUUUUGAAAGACUCAUCGACAACCACAAUGAAAGUGUUUUUAGGAAUACUUUUCAUAAUAAAUUCAUGUGUAGCAACUAAACUUAUAACCUCGGAUGAGCUCCGAAAAUUAUUUAUUAAGGCUGUAAAGAAUGAAACAACAGACAAUGAAUGGAAAACGAUUCAAGAUGUUUUCGAAAUAUACAGACCAGCUUCCAAUGCUCUUAAAAUGCAAUACGAAACAAAUACUAGAUCGGAUAUAACUUGUCUAAUUUGUAAUAGCGCAUUUGCUGCAUUGAGCGAUUUGGUUCACGAAGGGAAUUCGGAUGAAAUGCUUAUAGAGGCAUUGACCGUUCUCUGUAUCGCUUUAGCGAACGUUAGUGAAAAAACCUGCGCAGGACUUAUGCCAUUAAACAUACCGAUCCUAACAUAUAUAGUGAAGACGACUCCAGAGGCCGCUCCUAGAACAUUUUGUGGUCUUGUAUUACAAAAUGUCGGAAAUCCGAACACCUGUAGCUUUGAUGAUCCUAGAUUUGAAUGGACAAUAGAUUUACCGGAAAAAAAUCCAAUUCGAGUUGAUACAAUUAAUACCAAAAGCAAUAAUCCGUUGAAAAUAGCUCUCAUCACGGACGCUCACAUCGAUCCCUUGUAUGAGCCAUAUGGUGUUGCUUAUUGUAACGAGCCAACUUGCUGCAGAAAAGGCCAAACUCCACGAUCUCAUGAAUAUGACGUUGAUGUAGAUGAUUCGGUAUUUAAAGGUCGCAUAUUUGAAAGAGGAAAUGAUUAUAUAUUGGAUUUAGAUUUAGCAAAUGAUAUUAGAAACUUAUCACAUGCAACAAGAAGUACUAGAAAUUCACCACCGGCUGGGUACUGGGGAGACUACAGGAAUUGCAAUACGCCUUAUUGGGCAUUUGAUGAUGUAAUUGAAACAAUUGCUAAGCAUGGGGAUAUAGAUGCUGUUUAUUACAUAGGAGAUAGUAUCGACCAUCACGUCUGGGAAACGACGUACGAACGUAUAAAUGAAGUUAAUUUAUAUGUUAUUAACAAAAUGAGAAAAGAAUUUGGUGAUAAUGUUUUAAUUUUGCCUUCUAUUGGAAAUCAUGAAUCUCAACCUACGAACCAAUUUGCACCGAGUUCAGUUAAACUCGACAAAAUAAAUACAACCUGGUUGUACGAAUCGUUAGCUAGAAAAUGGGACUUUUAUUUAACAGAGGACGCCAAAGUUACUGUGCGGGAACACGGUGGAUUCUCUAUGCUGAUCAGACCUGGAUUACGAGUUAUUUCUAUUAAUAAUAAUAUUCCUUAUAAAUCAAAUUGGUGGGUAGUCUACGAUCCCUUAGAAUCUAAAAGACAUAUGGAAUGGCUUGUUCGAGAAUUACAUAAAGCUGAGUUAGCAGGUGAAAGCGUCCAUAUUCUAGCUCACAUUCCGCCUGGAGUUCAUGACCUCAUAUAUACGUGGACAAGAGAAUAUAACAAAGUCGUAACUCGUUUCUCAUCAACAAUUAAGGGACAAUUCACUGGUCACACACAUUCUGAUGAAUACAAGAUAUUCUACAGCACAGAAGAUGGAUCACCUAUUAACAUGGCUUGGGGAGCCGGCAGCACGACUGCUUACACAUUUUACAAUGUCAACUAUAAAAUAGCUACAUUUAACACAACCACCUUUGAACCAAGUAAUAUUGUGAACUACGUAUACAAUCUCACCGAAGCGAACCUCACUCCACAUAGGAGACCACACUGGUUCCAACUUUACGAUAUGAAAAAUACAUUUGCUAUCAACGAUCUCUCAGCUGCUACUAUGAAUGAUUUGACUUAUAAAAUGGUAACAAAUAACUUAUUGGCUUUGGAUAUGUAUGCAGCGUUUUACUCAAAAUUAAGCGAUGGAAGAUGGCCACAUUGCAAUAGAUAUUGUAAAAUUGACAAUUUAUGUAAGACUGUUGUAACGGUUCUGUGGCAACGUGAAAAGUGUGAUGAACUGCGAGAAUUGUACUUUUCAUUAUAUUAA